AUGAGCCAACGGCUCGACCAUUUUUGGAUAUCGCGGUUCCAACCGGUGCUCGAUACGCUGGCUUGCCUUGACCGGGAGGUUGAUGCGUGCCACGGUGACUGGGUGCCGUCAGAUGUCAUCCUUCUAGAUGACUGGGAGGCACUUGCAAACCUGCUACCUCAUGGCUACACUGAGGCCGAAGUUGGUCGCGUCCUCUCCCGGCAAGGGGAGGAAGUUCUCACGGCCGCGGUAGAGGCCGAGGCAGAGGCUGGGGUGCCAGAGAGGCAGAAGAAGGGCAGGCCGCCGGGCAAUGAAGGUUUCCUUCUGGCUGGGCUCAGCGACGAACAGCUCCUGCAGCUUGUGGAAGGCAUCAAGAGGGCCGGCCGGCCCCCAUUCGUUCAUUUGAAGCCGACGCUCGAGAUCAGGAAGACCGAUGGGAAGGCGCUCAGCCAAAUCAUGAGCCACGUCGUGGCCUGGGUGAACCCCCGCCCAUCCGACGUCAAACGUACCGGCAAUAACAAGCCGCCCCUCUGCAAGGACCUAGAACCGGCGUUCAGGGAUGCUCAUAGCGGCGCCGCCGCUGCCGACAUCGCGCAAAUGUCCAUCGGACUGGAACGAGACGUCCUCGAACUCGCGCUGAGCCGACGGGAUGACCUAGAUUGCCUAAUCAGUGGCUCGACCCUCGGAGAGUUGCCGACGGGAGACGAAGCCGGCAGCGCGGCUUACGACAGCCGGUUCAAUAAUAAUAGCUUGUGGCGAGGCAUGUUGGAAACCGUCCGGCGCAGCCUGGGCCCCGGUAUUCGCCCUGGAUGGAUGGCCAGUCGUCAGCAACAACAGGGCCAUGACGCUGGCGACGCGGGCGUCGAGGGUCAAGAGAUUACCAUUGAGAAGGGAGUGUCGACGCUGGUCGAGCAGAUGUCCAGCAUUCAAGAGAUCAGCCGGAAUGCCUGGGCGAAAGAACCGGCGGCGUUCACAAGGCUCAAGCACAUGCUGGAGCAGACGAUCGAGAAUUGGGUUGCGGAGGAGGGGGGCAACACACGCAAUUCAAGCAGAUCGCGUCAACCGUCCGGAAAGCCAGGGGAUUGGCGCCUUGGUGAGAACAGAGAGCCGGCUACGUCUAGAGACAGAGACGUGAUCAUGGACAUCGACGUGAAUGACAGCGGAGGCGGAGUAGGGGCCAGCGGCAAGGAGAGCGGCCUGGGAAACAUUCAGUCGUCACCGCAGGCCGAACCCACCCCGGCGGCCAUCUUGAAUCCUCUCAUCCUACGGCCACAGGAGCCCUCCCCCAGAGGAAGCAUCAGGUCUAAUCCACAUCCACUGGAGAUGUAUAAGAUUCCCCACGCCGACCACUACGCAACACGCAUUCGCACCUCGUCCUCGCUAGAUGACGGUGGGGAUCUUGACGAGCUUGUGGUCCUACCACCGCUCAGAAAUAUCAGAACAGAAGCAAUCCGGAGCCCUGCCAGGACCCACUUUAACAUGGCAGUUCCGAGGGCCACGACGACAAAGGCCCCGGCAACAUAA